AUGGUUACAAAACAGCAGGAAAUCCCUCUUCCCCAUGGUGAUUAUGUUGUAGAGGGUACUCUUCAACACCAUGCCAGCUCUGAGAUCCAAGAGAGCCUUUUGGCUUCGGGGAAUGGCAGUUCGUUUUAUGGCACGGGCGUAGGGCUCGUUUUGUCAGAAGACCAGUACGCCUCACCCGUUGCGGUGUUCAUGAAGUUCGUGACGAAGGUGCGUGCUACACACCCACUGCAGCUUGCUUGGAUUUUUCUCCUCAUCAUCUUGGUGACUAGCGGUAAUGCCAUGCAGAUCAUUGGGUUGAACUUUUGGCUUCGCUACUUUCCUAAAGACGGUGCACCAGGGAAUUUCACAACCUUGGCUGUCUCCGCUUUGCUCUUCGGGAUAUUCUUUCUCGUCAUGCUGGUGGUAUAUAUUGUGGCGCGAAGACCCUCACUAACGUUUGCCUUGAGCGUGCGGGGGUGGUGGUUAAUAUUUCUCAUUGGCCUCAUGGAUGCAGUGAACAGUUCCAUGGCGAUAUAUGCGGCAUCAUACACACCUGAGGUGUUGCAGGCCCUCUUCAUGAGCGUUGUGCCAGUCUAUGCCGCAGGCUUCACAAAGUGGAUCCUGAAGGACCCCAGGAAGUACAUCAACGGCUGGGUAAUCACAUCGUUUGCCCUCAUUAUUAGUGGGGUUGUGGCGGCCUCCGCGUACCAGUUUGCGCGUGGAUUCAAGGAAGACGGUGGGGAUAAGGCAUGGUGGAGUGUGAUCUUCUUCUUCUCCGUGCCACCAACAGUACUGAUGAACAUAUGGCAGAGUUUGUAUAUGAUUGAGUUCACACAUGAUCCACUAUUUGAGGCGCCACACCUUCUACACAGACACCACAACCAUGAAGGUGUCUUGGAAACCCCAGAGUCGGGUGGUGGUCAUGAAAGAAGCUUCGACAUGAACAGCAGUGGUGCCCUUUCUUCCCAACCCAAUGAAACCAAUGAGACGCCUUGCGAAGGUGUCGGUGAGGAUCACGUUUCGGAUGUACCCUCGUCUUCGGGCAUUCUUCGCAUGCAAGGAACAGAUACAAUUGUGAAGCUUGUGAUGUUGGCGGGUGGGACAAAUAUUCAAUUUCUCUUGAUCAUGCUUACUCUUCCCAUGGACGCCCUUCCUUGGUGGGGCGGCAGCAACUCCGUGGGCGGCGCAUGGGAAAAUUUCACUGAAGGAAUUUGGUGCAUUUUCCAUUGUGACAAGAAUUAUUUAUUCUGCAUGGUGUACACAACGGGAUUCGUCUUCACGUAUAUCGGGUCAGCGUAUCUUAACCAAUACAGCGUCACAUUGUGCUCCAUGAUUGGUCAGCUUUCCUCGCCCAUAACUGCCCUUCUUCUGAUUAUUGUGCCACAAUGGGACCUGGAGAAGGGUUACACACCGUGGUAUAUGAGUGCUUUGGCGGUGGUCCUGCUUGCCAUUGGUUCACUCAUCUACGCCUUAUGGGAAGAAAAGACCGAUGACGAAAAACGGUGCGGCGAGCACAAAUUAAAGGAGGAACUAAUGGCCAAUAUGUGCCGUCGUGCUCCAAAUAUUCAACGACUAAAUUCAUCAACUCACGUCGGUCAAUAG